CUCCAUUUUCAUUACCUUUUUUUUUUUAUUUUUCACCAAGAAGCACACAAAAGAGAGAAACAAAGAGAGAAAUAAGCUUCAUUUGAUUUCUUCUUGUUAAAGUUCUUUGAAGAAGCUAAUAUCAAAUGGCUGGUAUUACUGGAAUCUUAAAGCUUGAAGCUUGGAGUAUCUUGUGAAGAAGAAGAAGAAAAAAACCCAAACUUUUUCGUUUUUUUUUUUUUUCUGGGUUUUUGAGUUUUUCUUUUCUUUUCCUUACUUAAUUAUUACCGGAAGUAAUGGCAUGUCGGAGUAUGAUCGCUUUUAGUUUAGAUCCUGAGAGGAAACAAAGUGGAGGACUUAGAACAAAACAAGCUGGAAGAGGAUCUUGCCGUGGAAGUUAGUCUUUGUUCCUCAAUCUCCUUACAGAAUUUUGAAAUUGCACUGUUGUAAGUGAAAAGAUCGUUGUUCUUGUUGGAGCUAUAAAGAGAGAUAGAGAGAGAGAGAGAGAAAGCUAUGGGAGUUUUACUACAAGAAGCUUUGAGGUCUAUGUGUGUUAAUAAUCAAUGGUGUUAUGCUGUUUUCUGGAAGAUUGGCUGUCAAAAUUCUAGCUUGUUGAUUUGGGAGGAAUGCUAUAAUGAUACCGCAUCAAGCUCACAUCCGCGAAGAGUGUCUGGACUUGGUAUUGAUGCACAAGGGAAUGAUAAGGUUCAAUUGCUUACUAACAGAAUGAUGUUAAACAAUCGAAUCAUUUUGGUAGGCGAAGGGUUAGUUGGCCGAGCUGCAUUUACUGGACAUCAUCAAUGGAUUCUAGCAAACAGUUUCAACCGCGAUGUUCAUCCACCUGAGGUUAUUAAUGAGAUGCUUCUCCAAUUCUCUGCUGGUAUUCAGACUGUUGCAGUUUUUCCUGUUGUUCCUCACGGUGUUGUUCAACUCGGUUCCUCUCUGCCUAUUAUGGAGAACUUGGGGUUUGUGAAUGAUGUGAAGGCUCUUAUCCUGCAACUAGGAUGUGUUCCGGGAGCUCUCUUAUCUGAAAAUUACAGAACAUAUGAACCUGCUGCUGAUUUUAUUGGAGUGCCAGUGUCCCGGAUGAUACCUUCUCAAGGACACAAGAUCCUUCAAUCAUCGGCUUUCGUAGCUGAAACUAGCAAGCCACACUUCAACUCCACUGGAUCUUCAGAUCAAAUGGUUGAAGAAGCUCCCUCUAAUAUAGUGGAUGAACAGAUCAAGCAAGCAAAUCUGAGAGAUAGAAAUGAAGGAGGAUGGCAAAAUACAAUGGGUUAUCUAACAGCUGCUGAAGUUGCAGUACCUUCAACAAAUCCAGAUGCAUGGCUGAAUCAAAACUUCUCCUGUAUGUCUAAUGUGGAUGCAGCAGGGCAACAACUCCAAUGUGACGACAUCAGUUCCAAACGCUCGCUUGGAAGCGAUGACUUGUUCGAUAUGUUGGGUUUGGAUGAUAAGAACAAAGGUUGUGACAACAGUUGGGGAGUUUCACAGAUGAGAACUGAUGUACUCACUAGGGAGUUAUCUGACUUUAGGAUCAUUCAAGAAAUGGAUCCUGAGUUUGUCUCUUCAGGGUAUGAACUUUCAGGAACUGAUCAUUUGUUAGAUGCUGUGGUCUCGGGUGCUUGCUCAUCAUCAAAGCAGAUCUCGGAUGAAACAUCUGAGUCCUGCAAAACCACUUUGACUAAAGUUAGUAAUUCUUCGGUUACCACUCCAUCUCACAGUAGCCCUCAAGGUAGCCAGUUAUUUGAGAAGAAACACGUGCAACCACCGGGACCAUCAUCGGUCUACGGGUCUCAGAUCAGUUCUUGGGUUGAACAAGCACACAGCUUGAAGCGUGAGGAUAGUCCAAGGAUGAUGAAUAAGAACGAAACUGCAAAACCAACUAAUAACCGUAAAAGGCUUAAACCAGGAGAGAAUCCAAGACCAAGGCCUAAAGAUCGCCAGAUGAUUCAAGAUCGUGUCAAGGAGUUGCGUGAAAUCAUACCAAAUGGUGCAAAAUGUAGCAUUGAUGCACUCCUCGAACGAACAAUAAAGCACAUGCUCUUCUUGCAAAACGUCUCCAAGCAUGCUGAUAAGCUGAAACAUACCGGGGAAUCCAAGAUUUUGAAAGAGGAAGGUGGAGGAGCAACAUGGGCUUUUGAAGUCGGGUCAAAGUCUAUGGUGUGUCCUAUCGUCGUAGAGGAUGUAAACCCACCUCGCAUUUUCCAAGUUGAGAUGCUGUGCGAACAGCGAGGAUUCUUUCUAGAAAUCGCUGAUUGGAUUAGAAGCUUAGGGUUGACGAUCUUGAAGGGUGUUAUCGAAACUCGAAUAGACAAGAUUUGGGCUCGCUUCACCGUUGAGGCAAGUCGAGACGUGACGAGGAUGGAGAUAUUCAUGCAGCUAGUGAAUAUCUUGGAGCAGACAAUGAAAUGUGGAGGCAACUCUAAAACUAUUUUGGAUGGUAUCAAAGCUACAAUGCCCCUACCGGUUACUGGUGGCUGUUCUAUGUAAUGACCGUACCGGUUUGGUUAAAGCUUUUGAUUUAUAUAGAGGUUACGAGCGGACCGCUCUCAAGGACUUAGGCUCGCUAUGACUAACUUAAAAAAAGUCAGUCUGAAACAGAGAUGUAUGAUUUUUAAGUGUUUUCUUUUCUUAUUAACUUUUUGUUUGUACAUUUUUUUGCGAUUUUUGGGAAUUAUCCUUUGUGUGGAA